AUGGUUGUAAAAGAGAAGAUAAGAAAGACCUAUGGAUCACAUCACACUGGGCUGAACAUGGCACUUGCCAGCGAGCCAGACUUUAUCUCCUUAGACAAGACUACACAAACUUCCUUUGAGGACAAGAUAGAUGAGCUGACCCCAGAAAAGAAGCCUCAUAAGUUUCUGCCUGGUAAAGAAAGAUAUUAUCUCCUGAAAACUAAAGCCAGGAUACAAGAGAAAGCCUCCAGUGUCCAUCCAGAGUUUGGGAGCUUCCUCCCAAAGCAGAAACAGAAACAAGAUGAUGCAAACAAGCACUUGGAUCAUCAGGACAUCUCCGUGCAAUCAGAUAAGAAAGAAUUUGAUAAGAGAACCCAAACAGCUGAUGCAACAGCCACAGUUACUGGACAGAUCCUGUUAGCUGUGGCCAGCCUGAGGGACACAGACAAAACCAGUAUCCAGGCAGCUGCGGUGAUGCUGAAUUCAAUUCUGAAAAAUGAGAGGAACAAACUGAGGGGAAAGGUGCCAGAAAUCAUUGAGAUGAUUUAUUUCCACCUGCGUGCAAUCCAGGAGGCUAGUGCAAGAGAAGCAGCCAUUGGGGCUGUGUGCCUUCUGGCUGAAAGACACACGGAUGAAACCAUUUCAAGCCUUCUGAGGCUCUCACUGCUUUGUGACAGGCAUAUAACUCAGAUUUGGGAAGCUCUGGGCCAAGCAAAACAGCCUGUCCAACUCCAGGUUCUUGCAAAACUUCUUGACGUGUUGAAAAGAAAGCCUUGCAUCAGCGGUGAACUCCCUGGCACAGAAACAAUGUUUAUGGAGAAUUCCUCCCUUCUACCUCUAGCAGCAACACAAGCCCUCUGCAUAAUAUUUAGGGAUAAAAAGUGUAAAAUCCCGAUGAACAGUUUUUAUGUAUCAGUGAUUAUCUUCCUGGUGAUUCAGUUGCAUUACUUGAUGAACUGUUCCAACGUUGAGUGUGGACCGGAGGAUAUACCCAACACAUCAAGUUAUAUAAGCUGUGCAAUGGAAGCUUUAAAAGCCUUGGUCAAAAGGGAAAAGACACCUCAGACUUGUUUUACAAGUCUAACAGGAAGUUGGAACCUUCUCUCUUCACCAGAAAAUUACCUCGAAGGGGUUCUCCUCCUGGCCAGAGCUCUUGUCAAGCAUCACCGCGGGCUGGAUUAUGCCGUAUUUACCAAGGUGAUACCACUUCUCCAUCACGGUGAUGCGACACAGAAGCUUACAGCAAUGGCUUUUUUCACUGCACUUCUUUCUUCUGAAUCCACAUACACAGUGCUACAAAAACAUUACAUCCUGGGCCUAUUAAAGAACUGGCAGAGUGAUUCAAGCUCGACCUACCGCUGGCUCAGUCUUCAUGGAAUGGGUAAUGUAGCUCGUCACCUGCAAACUAAGAAAGAAAUUGCAACCCUAAUUCUGAGUAUUCUUCAAAGUUUCAAUGAUGGUGAUGAGAAGGUGACUCUGACAGCUAUUGAGGUCAUAACCCAGAUUAUCAAACAACACAAGAACAAUGUCAACAUCUGUGUGAAGAUUGCCAAGCAACUUCAGCCACUUUUGGUCGAUGAGAGGAGCAAAGUCUGCUAUGCUGCAAAUAAGCUGUUUCAAGAUGUACUUAAAAGUCUAGACAUGAAAGACAAAUCCACUAUGCAGGACCAGGUUCUUGCCAGUAUUGUGGCACUGAUGCUAAAUCUGCAAGAUCCACAUCUGGAUGUCGCUAAGAGUCGUAGAGACAGCUUAAAAGAAUGCAAAACCUUCUUGGGCUGGGCUUCAAAUGACAACCAGGACUCUUGGAACAUGAUUUGCAGACAUCUUGUUAAGGAGCACCCAGGGAAACUGCGGAGCUUUCUGGAUCAGGCGUGGGACCAUAGCCAGUGCCCACAAAAGUCUUCAAGAGUUGCAGCCACUAUGUUCAUAGAUACCAUCUUUCAGCUCAUGGAAUCCAGUCCAGUGCCAAAGUCAGAGGUUGACUUCCUGAAGCAAGCUUUCAGCUCUUUUCCAUCAGAAAAACAGCGUCCUGUCUCUGUGAUUCUGGAAACAGAAAAAGCACACAGGUACUGCCCAGAUCUAUUCAGAUGUUCCUGCUAUUUCCCAAGGUAUGCUUUCUUUCAAGCUGCAGUGUAG